UAUAAUUCGGAAAAAUGGAGCAAAAAAUGGAACUUCAUAAAGCUUGAUCAUUCAUGAGUCUCAGGAUUAGCUAGAUUUAGUCAACUUUUAUCAAAUUGAAACAAAAAUGCCUUCAAAGAAAAACCAGAAAGGGAAACCCAAUGGUUAUUUGUUAUAUGCUAAUGAAAUCAAAAAUAAAUUACUUCAAGAAGGACAUAGUAUUAGAUCUACCCAAGACUUAAUUGAUGCUGCAGCUUCUAAAUGGCAGAAUCUCUCACCCGAGGAAAAAGAGUACUAUAAAGAAAAGGCGAAGUGGGAAUGGGAAAACAGACAUGCAGCUGGAUCAAAUAUAGUACGUUACACUUGUCAUGAUCGAAGUGGAAUCCGAAAUGAGAGUAAAGUAGAUAUGUCAAAAGUAUGCGCAGAUAAUAGAAAACGAGAGAGACAGGAAGUGUUCAUGUCUUGGACUUCUAAAGAAGAACUACUAAAGACAAAAUUCUAUUUUGUUUCAUUUGUGUGCUUACUGGAAGAACCGCAAUAUCAACCAAUAGAGGUGUCUGUUGUACAAUUCAGUCUCUUGCAUGGAAUUAAAAAAUCUUGGCACAAGUUUAUAAAUCCUGGCCAAAUUCCUCUUGGAUAUCGUUACAAAGCGCAGCAAUUUAGUGAAGAAAAUCAUAAAAUACCUGUUGAAGGUUUGGCUGGCCCAGGAGAUACAUACACUAAAGUUUUCGACGAGCUUCAUCAUUUUCUCUCUGGUGGAACACGGCUUAUACCGCCGAUUUUUGCCAAGGCUUCUGAAACAGAAAAAACUGAGAAAUGCAUAAAAUGGUUGGCGCAGAACGCAGGCCGUCCAAACAAUUUAAAGCGUAUCUACGAACUGGAGGGCUUGAUCUUGGAUCUAGACGCCUACCUUAGAAAGCAGCCCCAAAACUUUAACGCCAGCAAACAGAUUGCCACAGAUCUAAUUUCUUCAACUAUAUUCGAUUGGGAUGCUGGUACAAGAUGUAAAUGGCACGAAGAAAAUGAAUCGAAAUUUUGCGCACUUGGAAAUGUGAAACGAUACUGUUUUUGCGUCGCAAAUUAUUUCUGUGAGCAUUUUAACGUCGAUGUUACUGAAAAUCAUCUCCCUGCCAAAGGCGAACUUUGCUAUACGUUAAUACCAAGUCGAAGCACAUCUAAAGGCAAAUCAAAGGUAGCCCAAAAUGGAAAAUCUGACCGUCACGAGUUUUUGGCGGAAACUGUGAUGGAAAAGUUAAAAAUAAAUGCCGACAGCGUUGUCGAAGGUGAAGAGACGCAAGAUAAUCAAUCUCGACAGGAAGACGAAGUUAAACGAUGGCGUUCUCUGCGUGGAUACGAAAAUGGAAAUGUUAGUAAUCCAGCAGUGCAUCAGGAUGACCAACUUCAGAGGAAUAGCGCAUCUAGAGACGGUAAACCGAACACCAAAUUGUCAAUAGGUAGAGGACGGGCACGUGUUUUGGUCGCGUCUUUGCGUCGUCCAGGACAGCAGCCUGAAGGAGCUCCGAAAAACUCAAUCAAAGAAACUGUUUCCAGUGGAAAUGCGUGUACAGCCCUUGAACAGGGCACGGCUGGUGACACUUCUCCCACAACUAAUUUCAACAAUGACUUAAACCAUUACGCUUGUAGUGCUCCUCCACCCCACCCGUCGCAAGCGCCGCCACCGCCCUCUGAAUGGAGGACAGAUUGAUUAGACUGUGACUUCAAAGAAAAUUCCUUGAUGUGCAAUGAAUUUUGUUUUUUGCAAAAGCGUUUUUUUUUAAAAAAAAAUAUCAGAGGCUUGGCAUUUUCAUUCUUUGUGCAUUCUGGAACUUCUAACAAAAAGAGUUUGGGGAGGGAAAAACCCUUUACUGGAUAGAACUGUCCUUUAACUUCCCCAUACCAGCGUUUAUUUAUCCAGAAUAUAUCUUUUUUGACAGCAUUAACUUUUGCUACUAAUUCGGGCUUCAGACAGAACUGAAAAAUCAUAGAAAGAAAGAUACUUCUUAAAAAAUAGGGGGCAAAUUAUCUCAAUCGUAUUUUGUAUUUUAUUUUUUAUGGAUGCUUGUUGACUAAGGAAACCUUUAAUAAACAGAAUAUGGUUUAUCUUGUGUGUAAAAAUAUAUUUGGCGUGUGGAAAGUCAUGUUUAGUUCACUACAUUUUUUAAUUAAAAAAUAUUAAAAUCAUUGAGUCUCACAAUAACAUGUCAGUUUGUCUGAAGCCUGUUGCUUGUGUUCUUUUAUUAUAGCUUAUAUUGUUAAUAGUUUUCGUGCCAUUUUUUAAUGUUGUUUUGGAAUGAUUAUAAUCUGGUGAUCGUUUUCCAUCUAUUCACAUUA